AUGAUCUCUCUCUGCCAUCUAAAAACCACCUUUUCCGUCUACCAACUGUCCGCCCUCGAGUCGGCCUUCGACCAGUGCCCCUAUCCCGACGCGUUGACCCGCGAAGAGAUCGCCGCUCGCCUCCAACUCAGCGAGUCUCGUGUGCAAGUUUGGUUCCAGAAUCGACGCGCCAAAUGGCGCAAACAGGAACAGGGCACCACUGCUCCCGUCACCAGCUCCACCGGAUGUGUCGGCGAGGCCAAUUGUCAUCUUCACCUCGACGCCAACGUGUCGACAAGCCUAACCCCAACCCCAACACCGACACCAACACCGACGUCAAUGUCGACGGCAACAGCGACAUCGACGAUGCCGGCGAUGCAAGUCUCCGGUUCAGGCUCCAAUUCGUCGGCGUCGGUAUCACCGCAGACCAGCGGGUCUGGGCCUGGCAGCGGCAGCGAGGCGGGAAUGACGGGUCAACAGAACGGCUUCAACCAACAAUGUCAAACCAACAUGCAGACGCGCUGUACGGUCGGGCAGGCGCUGAUGCGAUUUGGCCAGUUUCCGGCGAACCACAGUCAACUGGUGACGAACGGCGCCGGUGGCUACAUCCAAAGAAACGGAUACCGAGACACAACAGCUGCCUACGCCCACGAGAUCAUGGAACAGGAGGCAGGCCUCGGAUACCAGAUGGGCACGAAUCAGGCAUACCAGACAGAAGACGAGGGUGAGUCACAGAGUAAAUAA